AUGUCUUCCCUCCUUCCCGAACCGAUAGCCAUCAUCGGCACAGGCUGUCGCUUUCCAGGUGCCGCUUCUUCCCCCUCCAAGCUUUGGGAACUUCUUCUUCACACGCCUCGCAACCUCGCUUCAAAGACGCCCAGCGACCGUUUCAACCACGAUGCAUUCUACCUCCCCGGAAUUCACCAUGGCACGAGCAACGCCCCCGAGUCCUACUUCCUGUCCGAGAAUAUUCGGCAAUUCGACGGAUCGUUCUUCAACCUAUCCCCGGCAGAAGCAGAAGCCAUGGAUCCUCAGCAGCGCCUACUGCUAGAAGUCGUCUACGAGUCCCUCGAGCGAGCAGGUCUCCGCACAGAAAGUCUACAGGGCUCGGACACGGGCGUCUUCUGCGGUCUGAUGAACACGGACUACAGUAAUCUGGUCUCCAAUGACUGGGACUACGUCCCGACCUACACGUCCUCGGGCGGGGCGGCGUCUAUGCUGGCCAACCGCCUCUCCUUCUUCUUUGACUGGCAUGGCCCUUCAAUCACGGUCGAUACUGCCUGCUCAUCGAGUCUAGUGGCGAUGCACCAGGCAGUGGAUGCCCUGCGGAAGGGCGAUUGCCCGAUGGCGAUUGUUGCGGCCAGCAACCUGAUCCUCAGCCCCCGGGAGUAUAUUGCUGCCUCCAAGUUGCGAUUGCUUUCCCCGACGGGGCGCUGUCGGAUGUGGGAUCGAGAUGCUGAUGGAUAUGCCCGGGGAGAGGGUAUUGCGGCAGUGGUGUUGAAGCCAUUGAGCGCUGCGAUGCGGGAUGGUGAUCCUGUAGAGUGCAUCGUGCGGGCCACUGGAGUGAAUGCGGAUGGCCGCAGUCUGAGCCUAACGAUGCCCUCAUGGACGGCCCAGUCCAGGUUGAUUCAGUCGACCUAUGCCAGCGCUGGACUGGACCCUAAGAACCAUCCAGAAGAUCGGUGCCAAUAUUUCGAAGCCCACGGCACUGGAACCCAGGCCGGAGAUCCUCAGGAGGCAACGGCAUUGUACGAUGCCUUUUUCGAUGAUGGAACUCGGCCCAAAGAUCCACUACUUGUGGGCUCGGUGAAGACAGUCAUCGGCCACACGGAGAGUGCAGCGGGUCUGGCGGGGGUUAUCAAGGCAUCUCUUUGCGUGCAGAAUGGAGUCAUCCCGCCCAACCUGUUUUUCGACCAUAUACACCCCAGUAUCGCUCCUUAUACUACUCACCUGCGAGUACCUACUGAGGCAUUGCCAUGGCCCACUCUCGCUCCAGACGUCCCUCGUCGCGUAUCGGUCAACUCCUUUGGAUUUGGGGGGACCAAUGCACACGUCAUCAUUGAAAGCUACACCCCUCCAAAACAAUCUCUGCCGAGGACGCCGCUGCCGCCGCUACUACCGUACCUCUUUUUCGCAGCGACCAGAAAGUCCUUGACUGACCUUCUUCAUCGACACAUUCGAUAUCUACAGGAGAAUCCGGGAACCGACCCAACUGCCCUGGCAGAGACCCUAAUGCACAAUCGCUCUCUCCUGAAUCAUCGUUUGAUUCUAACGGCAUCGUCUAUCCACGACCUGGAUAGCAAACUUCAGACCGAAGUCCAAAAAUGCGAUUCAGAAGUACCUACCAGCAAAUCUCGAGACGCUUGCAAGGGGAUCGUGGGGAUAUUCACUGGCCAGGGUGCACAAUACCCGCAGAUGUGCUGGGACCUCAUCUCCCAAAGUCCACAGGCCUUAAACUGGAUGGAAGAGUUACAACAAUCACUGAGUUCUCUGCCGCCAGCAUAUUGUCCCGAUUUCUUGCUAGUAGAGGUACUUUCGGCCCCCAAGGAGACCUCGCGUAUUCAUGAAGCAAUGAUUUCACAGACCCUGAGGGCUGCCAUCCAGAUUGUGCAAGUGAACUUGCUUCGUAUCCUAGGGGUAGCCUUUUCUGCUGUUAUUGGGCAUUCCUCGGGCGAGAUCGCUGCAGCAUACGCUGCUGGUGUGGUUUCAGCAGCGGAUGCAAUUAGAUUGGCCUAUCUGCGAGGCUGGGCUACCCAUCAUGGCAUGAAGCAUGGCGGGCAGAUGGGGGCAAUGCUAGCGGGAGCAAUGUCUUGGGCAGAGGCAGUUUCUCUCUGUGAAGAAAGUGGUUUCAGUGGACGAAUCAUGGUAGCAGCCAGCAACUCCCCGACGAGUGUGACCUUCUCAGGUGAUGCAGAUGCGGUGCGAGAAUUGGAAUGGAUCCUACAGAGCUUGAACCGCACAGCACGUGCUUUACGGGUUGAUACGGCUUACCAUUCCCACCAUAUGGUUUCUUGCGCGCAGGCCUAUCUCUGUGCUGUUCGAGCCUGCGGCAUUCGAUACCAUCAGCCCAAUGUACCGUGGUACUCCACGGUAUAUAGCGCAAGGACGCUGGUCCACGACGACCUUUGCCACGACUACUGGGCGGAAAACAUGCUCCGCCCAGUCCGGUUCUGCGAAGCUGUUCGAGCUGUCUUCUCUGACUCUGACAGUGCGAGUAUAAUGGUGGAAGUUGGCCCACAUCCGACCCUGCAGGGACCCGUCUUACAGACCCUCGCCGAGAUUGAGCAUAGGAGUCCAGAGGGGUCUCCUUAUCUGAGCCUCGCUCAUAGGGAGAGCGGUAGUUUUGAGUCUAUCGCCAAUGCCAUCGGGGUUUUCUGUGAUCAUCAAGUACCUAAACUCAAGGUUCAUCAGCUUCUCAGGAUGUUCGCCCCUGAGUAUGAACGCACAUUUCUGAAAAAUCUACCAACCUACCCCUUUGACCAUACGCGCUCCUACUGGGCCAUGUCACGCCUGACAACUGCCCGUUUGCACCGCACGGACCCUCCUCAUUAUCUGCUGGGUGCACUUAGUCCCGAGACCGCGGAGAACGAAUGGCGAUGGCGGAACUUCCUCAGUCGGACAGAGCUGGAAUGGCUCAACGAUCACAAGGUUCAAUCCCAGGCUGUAUUCCCUGCCGCGGGCUAUAUUGUCAUGAUGCUCGAGGCGGCACUGCGAAUGACCCGAGGGCAGUCCUUGCGCUUGCUCGAGAUAGAUGACAUGCACAUCAAGCGCGCCAUCAACAUUCCAGAUCACUCCCAAGGCGUGGAGAUCAUCUUCAAAGUUGAGCAGAAACCCAUUAAGAAUGGUGCAACUCCGGCUAUCUUUACAUGUUAUGCGAUUAUUGGAGAAAGUCUGAAAGUCUGCGCUUCCGGGAGAUCCACGCUGUUGCUGGGCGAAACGGACCCAAUGCUGCUGCCUCCGCAACGAAUGCCUACCCCGGCCACACGAACGAUAAAUAUCGAAAACUUCUAUGCUAGCCUGCAGAAGUUGGGUCUGGACUACCGUGGCGCAUUUCGAGGUCUCCAGGCUGCUGCCCGACACUCGAUUGGGUCGACUGGUGUUGUCUCCUGCAAUGCCCCAUCAUCGUCGAUACUACAUCCAGCAGUCCUGGACUCGUGUCUUCAUGGUAUGCUGGCAGCUGUCAAGCUACAGACACCCAGUGUUCCCGUAAAGAUAGAGCGCAUUGUCAUCAACCCGAUGCUCUGUCGACAAACAUUGUUAGAUCAAAGUGGGGAUUUGAUUGUCGAUACCGUCCUUCUCGAAGAUACGGUCGAUGGAGCCAGGGCAGAUAUUAACACUUACAAUCGCGAAGGACAGGGGGUCUUUCUCAUUGAAGGCUUUGAAGUUAUACCACUUGCUGUCCCUGAAGAUCGAGCCAUUUUCUCUGAGAUUGCCUGGGGACCAUUCAUGCCCCAUGCUGUAUUGAAUGAGAACGACACAGACUCGAAGACCGAAUUGAAUUUGUACUGCGCGGAGCAUUGCGCUCUACUAUAUCUCAGAGAUGCGUGGGCGAAGCUGAACGCCAUGGACUAUGAGCCUAUCGACACUUAUCGUGCAAGCGUGAUGAGCUGGAUCAAAAGAGUCUUGGAGAUGACUCGGAGUGGCACCCAUCCGAUAUACCAGCCUGAAUGGUUGGAUGAUGGGAUUGAUGAGGUGCUUGAAAUGCCGGUUGAUACAAGUUCUGUCUGGUACAACUUGCGGGUUGCCGGAGAGAAUUUGCCCAGCGUUUUACAGGGAUCUGAUGCGCAAGUACACAGUAGUAGCCACGAUGACUUCGAGCAUGGCACACCAUAUGUGGAUCCCUUUCAAAGCAGCCAUGGCAGCGCUGAAAUCGCCAGUUUUGUCGAGCAAAUUGUCUUCCGUUAUCCUCAAGCAAAGAUUCUAGAGCUCAACGCAGGAGGUGGAUCGACAACGAGAUCUGUUCUCAAUAAGAUUGGCCGUUCCUACCAGUCCUACACCAUCACAGACGCAUUGGCAACCUGGCUUACUGGUGCGCACGAGAGACUUGGCGGCGACAAUAAUCCCAAACUGAUCGUGCGAUCACUCAGUGUCGAAGAAGAUUUAGCUGAGCAAGGCUACGAGACUGAUAGUUACGAUAUAAUCAUUGCCGCUAAUUCCUUGUCCCAAUCCACAAGGCUUCGCGAGGCGAUGAUUAACAUUCGACGUUUGCUGAAGCCCGGUGGCUAUCUCGUUGCGCGAGAAGGCACUAAUCUUGAUAUCAGCCGUGUUGCGCUGAUACAUUGCCAUGCUGAGAAAUGGUGGCAAAGUGACAGCGAUACUCGCCAGUGGACGCCGUUUCUAGCUUCUCAGGAUUGGGAGAGGCUGCUUCAGCAGACUGGAUUCGGAGGUUUCGAGGCAAUCGCACCCGCUGGUCUACUUGAUUUUGCCUCUACAUUCGUCUCGCAAGCUACUGAUGAUGCGCUUCAGCUUCAGCGUAAUCCUUGGAUAUUCUCUGGCCGACUAAGUAAUGAUGCUUGGAUUGUUGGCGGUGCAACCAAUGCAAGUGCGAGUCUAGCAUCGGGUCUCGAAGCGCUCCUGAACCGCUUUUUCAACAGGGUCGCCGUGGUAUCCACAUUAGAGGCGCUGGAUUCGCAAGAACUAUCCCGAGCACAUGUCCUGGUUUUGACUGACCUUGACUCACCUUGCUAUGAGAAUCUAACGGAAGAGCGUCUGAAUGGGCUCAAGGCGCUUACCGACAAUGCCAGCAGACUUUUGUGGGUGACUGCCGGGCUCGAGAGCCAGAAUCCGUACUGGGCGAUGACAAAGGGUAUCAUAAAUUGCGUUACAUACGAGAAUACGCAGUUACUAUCCCAGUAUCUGAAUGUUCCAGAUCGAACGGAGAUGACGGCACCGGACGUGGCUACUAUCUUCCUCCGUUUGUCUCACACGAUUGGAGACAACGACUUUACUUUGUCAAAGCGCAUGCAUAGCGUUGAACCGGAACUCAGGCUUGUUAAUGGCAUAUUGCAAAUACCGCGAUUCAAACUUAACGACGCUAUGAACGAUCGAUACCUCGCUGGUCGGCGAAGAGUAUGCGGAUAUACCAGGCUGCAUGAAUCAGUGAUCCAGGUGGUUUCGCCUUCAAGUCGGCGUCAAGAAUUUGUGCUAUCGGAAUCAAAGAGCAACAGGAAAGCAGUCUGUCUAGAUAUCCCAAAUCAUCGCUGGAUUGAUGUAACCUACUCCACGCUGAACGCUUAUCGAGUGGAAGGUGCUGGGUACCUCUACUUGAUCAUAGGUCACGAUUUGAGUGACCAGACAUGCUGGUUUGCAUUGUCACGGCACCAUGCAUCGGUCGUCUCGGUGCCUUUAAGCUGGUGUUUCCAGAUUCCAGGAAGUCUCUCUGGUGCAACUGAACCUACCUUUCUGACUAGGAUGGGUGCUGCAUUCAUGGCUAUCAAUGUCCUGAAUGUUGGGAUGUCCGACACAUCAGUAUUGGUCCACGGGCUUGAACCGAGGAGCAGGUUGAGCCAUGAAGCUUUCACAACUCUGGGUCUUACUCGAGGAAUGCGCGUUCAUUUCACGACCAGCAAUCAUAAUACCCCACCAAACAAGCAAGCAUUGUUCAUUUAUGAAAAUGAAUCAGCACGGUCUCUCUCUCGCGUUCUUCCUUCUGAUCUCUCUGUCGUCGCCCAAUGUGGUGGUUACCAGACUGAGAUAUUCCCUCGGAUUACAUCUGUCAUUUCAGACGAUGUUUCUAGAGUGGGACUGAAAAGCCUAUAUCGGAGAUUGUCAAGCGUCACUAGACUCAGUAAUCUGACUGCUGUGAGCCAGACAGUUCUUAGCGCUUAUGGCUUUGCUUUGCGCGAGAUGGAACCAGAUGAAGCGGUUGAGCUGAUUCCUCUUUGCGACUUGCACGGCAUGCAUGCAGACUCGUCUCAACCAGCAAUCGUGGACUGGACUACUCCUGAUCGGGUCCCAGUAGAGGUACAGACAGCAGGCUCAAUGGUCGAAUUGUCACCAAACAGAACGUAUCUCCUGGCUGGAAUGGCUGGUAGUCUAGGCCAGUCAGUCUGUCGAUGGAUGGUCUCCCGAGGUGCUCGAUUUAUCGUCCUGGGCAGCAGAACCCCGCAAGUUGACCCUCUGUGGAUUGCAGAAAUGGCGGGCUUGGGAGCUCGCGUGGUUCUUGUACAAAUGGACGUCACUAGUCGUAUAUCCGUGACUUCUACACAUGCCACUCUCUCUGCCGAACUCCCCCCAAUAGGCGGGGUCAUUAACGGUGCUAUGGUCCUCAAAGACCAGAUUUUUACCAAUACCAACAUCUCAGAUGUGCAGGCAGUAAUCAGUCCCAAAGUGCAAGGAAGCCUUCUACUUAACGAGGCUUUUGGCCACCUCGAUCUCGACUUCUUCAUCCUCUUUGGGUCCGCCGCUGGACCCAUGGGCAAUAUCGGCCAGGCUGCAUAUUCCGCGGCCACCCACUUCAUGUCUGCCCUCAUCCAACAACGACGCAAGCAAGGCCGAGUGGGAAGUAUAAUCCAUCCCGCAUCGAUCGCGGGCGUGGGCUAUCUUUCUCGCGCAGACUCUGCUUUGCAUGAUGUCCUUGAAAGAACCAUGGGUAGCAGCAGUACACAGCUGUCAGAGAACGACUUGCAUGAACUUGUGGCGGAGGCGAUCCUUGCUGGACGUGUUGAUUCAGGCAGAAAUGCAGACAUAAUUGCGGGGAUUGAGAUGAUGGAUGCUGCCAAGAGUCCUGAGGCAGUGUGGCUCAAGAACCCAAGGGCAUGGGGCUUCAUAAAUCAGAGUGGCAGCCUUCCAGGUGAGACAUGCACUCGGAACGAUGCUCUGGAGAUGAAAGUACGGCUGCAGGCAGCGAAGAAUAUCGAUGACGUGAUGGAUAUCAUUACUGCAGAAUUCAUCAGAGAGGUUCGGUUCCGGCUGAACUUUCCGGCUGAGGAGCCUGUGACUUCAGGUAUGGUGUUGAGCGAGAUGGGCGUGGACUCUUUGGUGGCAAUUGCGUUGCGGCAGUGGUUUGCGAAGGAGGUUGGUGUUGACCUUCCGAUGUUGCGCUUCUUAAGCGGGUCAUCUAUAGGGGAGUUGGCUGGUCUUGCUGCGGUACGACUGGCAAAAGAGGCUACGGCCAAGAGCGAGGAUAUUGAACUUGGCAGUGCUUUGGAGGAUUCAUUGGAGACAUCGCAAAUGGCGAAAACGAGCUUGGUUGAGUGGGGGUCAUUCGAGUCCAACUGUAGCUCUGUCGCUGUCUGA